AUGGUUGGAAUGAAGGUUUUCGCCGCUGCAUCGGCGGCGUUGUCCACUUUUGCGUCGGCUGCUUUUGCCUUGGAUGUGGAUCUCAAGUCCAACCUCGCAGUCUACUGGGGUCAAGGAUACAAUCAGGAUCGUCUGAGCCAUUUCUGCGAGGAGUCCUCGCCGGAUGUCAUCGUCUUGGGCUUCAUCAAUGUUUUCCCCACGGCCGUUGGAGUCUGGCCAGGCUCCAAUUUUGGCAAUCAGUGUGAUGGUACAGUCUAUGAGGGUACCGAGCUUCUCUCAGGAUGCCACCAGAUCUGGGAAGAUAUUCCCGUCUGCAAGGCUAUGGGAAAGACUGUUCUGCUUUCCCUUGGUGGAGCUGGUGCCACCACUGGUGUCCUAGACGAUGAAACUGCCGAGUGGUUCGCUGAUUUCCUGUGGUACUCGUUCGGUCCUUACAAUGCCUCUGCUGUCGCAGCCGGUUUCCCUCGUCCUUUCCAAACUGCUACUAUCGAUGGUUUCGAUUUCGAUGUCGAGUCGAAUGGCGAUCACGGAUAUGCUUCCAUGGUAACUCGCUUCCGCGAGCACUACGACAACUACCCUGAGCAGAAAUACUACAUCGCAGGUGCCCCUCAGUGUGUCAUCCCUGAUGCGCAGCUCGGCGAUGCGAUCGAGAAUUCCGCCUUCGACCUCAUUUGGGUUCAGUUCUACAACACCCCAUCCUGCUCUGCCCUGUCCUACUUCGAUGCUAUUCCGGGCUUCAACUUCGAUGCAUGGGUUAGUGCUGUUCUGAGCAGUGCCAAUCCUUCUGCCAAGCUAUACAUUGGACUGCCUGCAGAUACUGCCAGCGCUUACUACCUGACUGAGGAGGAAGUUUUUGUCCUGGUUCAGAAGUACAUGCUCCUGUAUCCUGAUACCUUCGGUGGUAUUAUGUUGUGGGAGGCUACCACCGCCGAUGAAAACAUUGACGCCCGGGGAUUGAACUAUAUGGAGCAGAUGAAAGAGGUUCUCUACUACUUUGCUCCUACACCGACGCCUACACCGACGCCGAGUGUUACCCCUAUCGCGACAUCGACCCCGGUCCCCAGCUCGACCGUGUUGCCUACCUCGGUGACCCCGUCAAGCUCUGCUACUCCCUCCAGCGUUGCUACCCCGUCGAGCUCUGUGACCCCCUCCAGCGUUGCUACCCCGUCGAGCUCUGUUACCCCGUCGAGCUCUGUUACCCCGUCGAGCUCUGUUACCCCGUCGAGCUCUGUUACCCCGUCGAGCUCUGUUACCCCGUCGAGCUCUGUUACCCCGUCGAGCUCUGUUACCCCGUCGAGCUCUGUUACCCCCUCCAGCUCUGUGACCCCCUCCAGCGUCGCUACUCCCUCCAGCUCUGUGGUUCCCUCUAGCGUUGCUACCCCAUCGAGCUCUGCUACUCCCACUCCCUCGGGCUCCGUGGCUCCCUCCAGCGUUGCUACUCCCUCGGGCUCUGCUACCCCGUCUAGCUCUGUGACUCCCUCCAGCAUUGCUACUCCCUCGGGCUCUGCUACCCCCUCUAGCUCUGUGACUCCCUCCAGCAAGCCGAUUUCUAGCCCGACUGCUUCCCCUAGCUCGAUUGCUCCAUCUCAAUCGACCCACGCAAGCUCUCAGUCUAGCCACGCCAGCUCGUCCGUGAAGCCUUCCGGCUCUGGAAGCACAUCUCUGUCUUCUUCGACCGCUGUUCCCGUGGGUCCUUCGAGCGUGGUUUCUACCUCGAAGCCCAUUCGUACUCCUGUUCCCUCGCGGACUCCAAUCGUUCCCACUAAGCAGUCGACAUCCGCGAGUGUUUCUAGUUCGAGCGUGAAGCCUUCAUCAGCUGCUUCCUCUAGUUCUGGCGUUGUUGCAUCCAGUACUGGUGCUUCAUCUGCUUCUUCUGGCGCGACCACAUCCAGCGCUGCUUCUUCAGCUGCUUCUUCUAGCGUUGUUGCAUCCAGCUCUGGUGCCUCUGGUGCCUCGGGCAUUGCUACCUCUAGCAUUUCUGAGUCGAGUGCCUCUUCUGGUGCUGCUACUUCCAGCACUGUUGGCUCGGGUGGUUCUGGUGCUUCAACUGCCUCCACCGCUGGUGCUUCCUCUUUCACUUCUGGCCAAUCGGUCGGCACCGGCGCUCCUGGAUCUAUUCCUACCGUUAGCGGAACUGGUCUGACGAAGACAGCUACCAUCACUGCCUCUCCUUCAGUGACCCCGGCUCCCACUUCAUCCCCGGAGACUAUCACAACUGUUAUUGUCACUUCGUACACAGAUAUUUGCCCUACUGGUUUCACCACUAUCACCACCACCAUCACCACAUAUGUUUGCCCUGAAACUGCAGUCACUGCUACCGCCACUAACCCUCCAUCGGGGGCUGUCACCACUACUGCUACCGUUCCUGAGGGCUGGCACACUACUGUGACUGUCUGCACCCACUGUGCUGCUACUCCCACGACUGUGACUCUGACUCUGCCUAACCCCACGACAACCGUCGCGGCUGCCACCGAGACUACCGUCGCGCCCGUUACCGAUUCAUGGACAGAGACGUGGACUACCACCGUCUCUUUCUGUGAGACAUGCGGCGAGACUGGCUCGUCUGUCAUCGUGACUGUGCCUUACACUGCCCCUGCUGCUGUUGAGACAGCUACCCCCACAUGGGGCUCAGGUGCAUCUGCUGGACAGGGCGAGGGAUCUAGCCCUAGUGGAGCGUACACUGUCGCUACUUCCGUUGAGACACUCACUUUGACAUGGGCCUCUGGUGCCCCCUCCGGUGCCCCGGCUGGACAAGGUGAGGGAUCUAGCCCUAGUGGCGUGCCUCAGCCCCCCGCUAGUGGGUCCGCCAGUGUGAUCCCCAGUCACCCGGCUUCCACGGCUCUGGUCACUGGAGUUGCCGCCCUUCACACCUCCAGCCAGGCUCCAUCAUUUGUCUUCCACCCUGCUACCACGAGCAUUGUCUCCGGUGGCUCAGCAACCGCCAGUGCCACACCUCAGGGUGCCGCCCCGGCGUACAAUGCCGCUGGUUCUCGCUCGGACAUGGUUAAUUUCUUCGGAGUGGCCUUUGCCGUUCUCCUGUCCGCUCUUCUAAUGUAA